CCCCCAUUCACUCCCCCCCACUACUCUUUUUUCACUACCUAGUCUUCUUCUUCUUCUGUUCAACAAUGGAUUCUCUCACUCUCUUUUGUACCGCCUCUCUCGUAGCCGGCGGCUUGUACUGGUUCAUCUGCAUUCUCGGCUCAGCCGAGCGCAAGGGCAAGCGCGCCGUCAACCUCUCCGGCGGCUCAAUCGCCAAGGAAAAUGUCCAGGACAAGUACGAACAGUACUGGACUUUCUUCCGCCGCCCCAAGGAAAUCGAGACGGCGGAGAAAGUGCCGGCCUUCGUCGACACCUUCUACAAUCUCGUCACCGACAUCUACGAGUGGGGCUGGGGCCAAUCGUUCCAUUUCUCCCCCGCCAUCCCCGGAAAAUCGCACCGUGACGCCACGCGCCUCCACGAGGAGAUGGCAGUGGAUCUACUCAACGUGAAGCCAGGAUCCAGAAUUCUCGACGCCGGCUGCGGAGUCGGCGGCCCGAUGCGCGCAAUCGCCGCCCAUUCCGGCGCUAACGUAGUCGGGAUCACCAUUAACGAGUACCAGGUGAAACGGGCCCGAUUACACAACAAGAAGGCCGGGCUCGAGAAACAGUGCGAGGUCGUGUGCGGAAACUUCCUAGAAAUGCCGUUCGAGGACAACAGCUUCGACGGCGCGUACUCAAUUGAAGCGACAUGCCACGCGCCGAAGCUGGAGGAGGUGUACAGCGAGAUCUACAGGGUUAUGAAGCCCGGAUCCCUAUACGUAUCAUACGAGUGGGUGACAACGGAGCUGUACCGCGGGGAAGACGCGGAACACGUGGAGGUGAUCCAGGGGAUCGAGAGGGGAGACGCGCUGCCGGGGCUCCGCCACUACACCGACAUAGCGGAGGUGGCUAAAAAGGUAGGGUUUGAGGUUGUACAGGAGAAGGACUUGGCUAAACCCCCAUCCAACCCGUGGUGGACCCGGCUCAAGAUGGGCCGAUUCGCCUACUGGAGGAACCACGUUAUGAUAACGGUGCUCGCGUGGGUGGGAAUCGCGCCCAAGGGCGUGGUGGACGUGCACGAGAUGCUAUUCGUGACGGCGGAUUACCUGACCAGGGGAGGAGAGACCGGGAUUUUCACUCCGAUGCACAUGAUUCUCUGCAGAAAGCCCGAGUAAGUUUUGCUUUUUCCGGUUCGGUUUUUUUUUUUUUUUUUUUUUUUUGAAUGUAAUGUACACGGAGAUUGACCCCCCACCCACCCACCAUUGGAGGGAGGUCGAUUUUUGUGGUCUGUCCGUCUGUCAUCACUAUUUCUUCUGCUUUUUAGCUUCCUUUGGUUAUUAUUGGGAUUUUUUUUUUGUUUUAAUUAAUUUAACAGCUUUUAAUUUAAUUUUUAUUUUGUUGGUGGGGUUCUUAGAUUCAUUUAUGCAUUGUACUUUUAGAAAAUCAGAACUGCUGUGUUUUAAUUUAAUUGAAUUGAAUUGUCAA